AUGAACAGUUACCUGAACAAGAUGAUUGAAUAUUUCCGUAGCUUCAUCCUGACUCAUAUGCAUAAAUUCCUGACCAAUCAAAACUUUCCUUUCACGCAGUUUCUUGCCCUUUUCAUUCAGUUCACUUUCAAGCAGCCGACCAAUGAGAAUUACUUCAGAUGUUUGGAUAUAUGGAAUGAGUUUAUUGAUAGCAUCUCUUCAAAGAUGGAAGAAUGUCGUAAUGAUACAAAUGCUCAACUAAUCAAGUACCAAGAGGUACUGCUAGCGCUUUUUGUCAGUGUAUCUGAAAGGAUCCAAUUCAAGACCAACCAAUCACAGCUCGAAAUGCUCGAUGAUGACAUACUUGAUGAUGAUUUUAAAACAGAAUGGCAGUCGUAUUUGAUGGAGAACAUUAACAUUAUUGUAGGGAUUGGCAAACUCUUCCCAGCUCAAGUCUUUCAACAUCUCUUCCAGCCAUUCAACGAGUCAUUAAGCAUAUAUCUUGACCUCAAAAGAUUUAUAACGACGACGACAACAUCGCCAAAGUUAAACAUAACAGCAGAAAAUGAUUGCAGAAGGUUGCAUUGUAGUUUGAGAGACUUUUCGACUGCCCUGCAGAUACAAGCCUCACUCAUCGAUCAUCUCAUCGGCGAGAACUUCGAAAAAAAUUUCAACUCUGGCUGUUCUUUGAUGGAGAGACUAAUCACAGUGGCUGAUUAUGGUUCUCAGUUGAAGCUCUACGAUACAUCAUCGCCAAUUGAGAACGUCCUGGAAGCCGAUUUUAUUGAAGUUCAUGCUCAAACGCUAGCGGUACUAAAAACCUGUUCUGUCUGGUUGGCCCAGUUUUACGUGAGGUCAAGGUCAAGUGACGAAGGUUCAAGGUCGAAGUGCGAUGGAAUGAUUGAUGUCCUCCUGUCAUCCGUCAUUCCUUUGUUUUUGCAGGAAAGCGUUCCGGAGAAGAUACUACUAUCAGGAAGUCACCUGCUCCUAUCAUUACUAACCACUGUAUGUCCAGCGGCAGCGUACAACUCCAACAAGUACCUCCAACAGUUGUACAUCAGUGGCAUUCUUCGUCGCAAUGCUACGUCAUCACACACGCAGGUGGAGUUAUUGACUUACAGAGCCCUAACUCACUACCUCCUAAUUCCCUGGCCGACGACGACCAAUCAGGAGUGGGAGAGGCGUGGCCAGCUGAUGACGUCAUUCGUCAAUCACCUGAUUGGGGAUUACGUGCAGUUGGGUGAUGAGGAGACCUAUGUGAAGCUGAGAUUGAAUGGGGAAUUUAGAGAAUCAAUGAGACCGGCCGUUGAGAAGACGCUAACCAUCGUCACUGAUAUAAUAAACCACCUCGACGUUUCCGGCGGCAAGAAGCAGAAGAUCAUGUCCUACGCCUGCUUCCGCAGCUCCAUCCACUUGGCCUUGAAGUUACUUCCUGUUUACAUCUCUAAUUCAGAAGUUUCUAGUUUAUUUCUCCAGUUGAUCCUGGCGGUUGUUCAAGUGCAUCGGAUCGAGAUGGGCGCUCAGGCCGUCGCCUCCCUCAUUCAGCCUGUCAUGCAACUCUUCACUAAGGAGCUUAUAAUGGACUGUUUAACUGACGAGAAAUCCGCUAGUCAUCAAAUCGUAGAAAAGUUCUUACAAAUCUUGACCAUCAUAGCAUCAGAGCCCGGGCAGACGUUUAAAAAAUUCCUACCCUCCAUAUUGGACUUGAGUUUGCGACAAGUCUAUCCCCUAUUAGCCGAGAGACAGAUCCCUGACGUUAAGGUCACGCUGUUCUCUCUAUUCCAUUCUAUCCUGAAGCAUAAUUGGAAAUUUUUCUUCCCCAGCACCCUAUUGGCUGCCGCCGCCAAGUCAUCUGACCAGCUGAACAACCAAUCAGCUUCUUUUACUAGGGAACAAUAUUUUUCUGGAAUCAUGCAGGCACUUGGACAAUCGUUUCUUCAGACAGAUGUAGAACUGUUUAGGCACAACCUCAGCAUUUUGGAGAGCUUAAACGAUCGGUUUAAACUCUACGAAAAACCCGCUUUCAAGAACAUCCUUCUCUCUGACUUCCUCUCCGUACUUCUCCACACCCUCUUCAACAAGUCACAUGACCUACUGCGAGAUGACAUCACUACCGCCAUUUUCAAUAUGGCGGCUACGGAUUUUGAGUACUUCUACUCAACGUUUGUGGUUCGUUUCCUGGCGACUGUGGAACUUUCUAGUGAUGUGCAAAAACAGAGACUCCUGAUUGCGCUGCAGAGAGAAAAGGACCUGCCAACUUUCUCAAAGAACUUAGAGAACUUUGUGAACGAUCUUAGGUACUAUAAGUUAAACUGCUGCCAAACGCCAAACUAAUUUUAUAUUUUUUUUUGGAAAUUUAGUCAGCUGUUAGUAUAUAUUGACAAUUUUUAUUAUAUAAUUAUGAAAAUAAUAAUAAUUUAAUAAUAAUAAUUUUUAUUUUUAUAUUAUUCAGUUUUAUGUCUGUUAUUUAAAUUAACAUUCUUCUCAUAUAAUUAUUUGUAAAUGGCAUGGGAUGAUUUUAUAGAUGUGUGAUUUUUUGGUUUGUUUCAUUGGUUGAAUGAUAGUUAAGUUUAUUGUGAUUGACCGACGAAAUGAAUGAACAAUUGAUUGAUUUGAUUGGCUGGUUGAUUGAUUGAUUGAUUGAUUGAUUGAUUGAUUGAUUGAUUGAUUGAUUGAUUGAUUGAUUGAUUGAUUGAUUGAUUGAUUGAUUGAUUGAUUGAUUGAUUGAUUGAUUGAUUGAUUGAUUGAUACAUUUUUAUACUUUUAGUUUUCGUUCACUUUAAAGAAUUGUUUUAAUUGUAAUAAAUUUAUGAA